AUGAACGGAGGCUGACUGCAAGCAGCUGCAGGUCCUGCAUUGUUCGCUGCAGAGCUGCUGCACGGUGAGCUUUCUUAUCGCACAGUUAAACCGCUUCGAAAAGAAAGAAAAAUGCCUCUGACGCGCUCCAAGAAGCUGGCUGCCCAGUCUCCACCAACCAGGAUGAGCCUGAGGAGCUUCCGUAGUGUCCCCCUGGUCCCCAUGGAGACCUCGUCUUCUUCUGACGACAGCUGCGACAGCUUCGGUUCUGAUGGAGGUUUUGCGAAUACGAGGAGGAGCUUGAAACAGACGAGAACCACACAAAAACCAAAGGUGUCCGAGGCAACGUCAGAGGAGGACACAUGCAGCGGGUUUGAGGAGAACGUGAUCAGCAAGCAGAUUAAAGCAAUGAAAGUCGGCAGUGAGGCCCCAAAACUUGGCCGCAGGUCAAAUGUCCUGAAAGUCGCCAUGGCGUUCCCCACCAAGAAGACGGGCAAGAAGAGACCUGCAUCUGAACCGCUGCCACAGCCUAAAGUGCAGGACUCCGACUCCGAGGAAGAGGAGAACUUCAUGGCUAAAAGGGCUCUGAAUAUUAAGGAGAACAAAGAAAUGCUUGCAAAGCUCUUAGCAGAAUUGAACAAAGUGCCUGGACUCCUUCCAGGGAAACGGAUGGCAAAGUCAGCUUUGACCACGCUGAGACAGGCGCCUGAGAGGUCACCUAGAAAACCGUGGGGUGUACGGCGAGCCCCCGAGCGGCUGCUCCCUCCCCGUACGCGGUCCCGCUCGCAAGUGGACGCCCCUCCCAGCCCGCCUCCUGAGGAAGACACCGAGGAUAAGUUCAGCCUGGUUCGCAAAAACCCCGACUACGAGGAAGAUGACGAACCUCCACGUCGCUUUUGCUGCAACAGGCAGCGGACCAUUCCUCAUGUGGUGCGGCCUGUGGAGGAAAUUACCGAGUUGGAGCUGCAGAGAAUCUGCAACAACGUCCGAGAGAAAGUCUACAACAGCUCCACUGGCUCCACCUGCCACCAGUGUCGCCAGAAGACGACCGAUACCAAAACCAACUGCCGUAAUCCCGAGUGUUUUGGGGUGAGAGGUCAAUUCUGCGGCCCGUGCCUCCGUAACCGAUAUGGAGAGGAGGUUCGAGAUGCUCUGCUGAAUCCAGAGUGGUGGUGCCCGCCGUGCAGAGGGAUCUGUAACUGCAGCUUCUGUCGGGCCAGAGAAGGCCGCUGUGCCACUGGAGUGUUGGUCUACCUUGCUAAGUACCAUGGCUUUGAUAAUGUGCACGCUUACCUGAAAAGCUUGAAAAAGGAGCUGGAGGAAGAAAGCAGCAAGUGAAAAGUGGACGAGAAUCUGCUGCAGAUACCCCUGAAGACUGACGCUCUUCCUGAUCAGUUUAUAUUGCUCAGUGUUUGAAGCAUUGAAACUCUCAGCGCUAAUUAUUUCUGUUCAGGUUUUAGAUCUAAAGUUGUUCUCAGACUUAUAAAAUUAAAGAUUUUAAACCUUUGACUAAGACUGUAAAAUAUAACUGAGCAAAAAAAAAAAAUUGCCCAGUACACCAUCUGCAGUCUUACCUGUGAUCAAAUGAAAUAGUCCUGUGAUGUUAGCAUUGCCUUUGGACUGAUCCACUUGUACUGUACAUUGUUUUAAAUGUAUUUCUCUUUAAAUGCUGUUAAAUCAAAUUAGCCCUUUCCUUUGCUUCACAUUAAUGCUUGUGUUUUUACAAGUUGCGCUUAUAGUUGCUUGCUGAAAUCAAAGAAAGCCUUCCUGCCUGUUGUGUUCUAGAAAUGGCCCAGUGAUCCUCCUGCUGUAGGUUGAAAAAAGGGCAUAUAGAGCGAGGUCCACUGCCUUCCUCCUCUAAACCGUGAGGAGCUGUGAUAAACUGCAGCGCCUGGUUAAAUAUCCUUCAUUAGAUAACUGUCACUAAUGGUGUGGAAACAAUUAGCACACUCUAAUGGGAAUCUCAUACCUGUAAAUCACUUUCCCCUGUUAAAGCACGUUCUCGCUCUGCACCAGCCUACGUGGCUCAUUUUCUGCCGUUCAAUUGUUGAGCAGAAAUGGCCGAAGGUGCCACUGAAGUGGCAGCAGAGUUAUAGCCUGCGUUUUCUGCUCACAGCUCUGAUCCUCUAAAUGAAAUGACAUAAAAUUAACCUUUGGUGCUGUUCAUUGUUGAAAUGUACUUGGUUUGACCUGUGGUUGAGGAUACUUCAUCGUGCGACGCUGUUGCAAAAAAUGUGAUCGGUUAGAUAUCAUUUUUUAAAUCUUUUGCUGUAAUUGCAGGGGGAGGUUGUUGUACUGCUGGUUCUAUGUGCUAAACACAAAGGAAAUGUGAUUGGGGUUCAUUGUGUUUUAUGUACAUGUUCAAUAAAGCGUUAAUCGGUGCAGAAUCA